UCGGGGAGGAGAUGGCUUCUACUAUCUAUCAAGUUAUCCCAAGGAGAGGAAAAUCUUCGAGGACAUGCCCAGCCAUCCUCCUAACUUCAAGUUGGCGUUCUUUUGGACAGACGGCCUGGCUCCUUCAAAGUUUUAUUCAUUCAGGCGAAUCCAUAAGUAUAUGAUUCCCUUUCCUUUCAUGCUCGAUUUUCGCUUAGGCUCGAACUAAUCAUAAUGAAUUCGACUCUUCAGCCAACUAUCACUAUCCUACUCCUAUAGACGCAAUGAACGAGCACAAAGAAGCCCUGCUCCAGCUUCCAUACAGUAGGCGCUCCCUGUCUUAUCUUCUUCACAAAGAUAAGCUUCGAGCUUGCGGGCUUCUGGAGCAGGACCAGUCAACAGACGAUACCGCAUACCAGAAGUACACCAAGUGGGAGCAUGUGCCACUCCCCACUGAUAAGCUUCCUCCGAGGUGAAGCUCGAAAGCACAAUCCCCAGCUCGCCGUCACAAGAGUCCGUGCUCGGGGAAUGACUAGGCCUCGAGCUCGAGUGACAGAGGUAAGGUCAUUCUCAGCUCGACCUUGUGGUCUCCUUACCUUCUUAGAAAUAGACCCGACACUCUGAUCUUAUUCCCGGAUGAUAGGGAUAACUUUUAUGUAUGGUCUUGGGUAGAUGAUAGGGUCCAUAGGUUUGAUAGUUGGCUGGGGAAAUACCAAACCAAGUAUAGUCUGAAUGAAGUUUGGGAUGGGGUAGCCGUUCAAUACGGGACAAAUGACUAUAGGGAUCUUUCGGGGUUGACUUCCACGUAUAGGGAAGGGACUCCCCCAGCCUCCUCUAAAGAUAGGGGAAUUACCUAGUCAUCGAGCACAAGCUCGGGGGAGAGUUCCAGUUAGUUUUCUUGUCACUUGUCUUUAUUUCCUUUAACUGUCUGCCUUACGCUUACUUUAGCAUUUUUUAAGCUCAUUUUCUAAUGUGUUUUGAUUAUACAGGCACUAUGGACUCUGACCUCGAGAAUAUGCUCAACAGCUGUUCGGGAGCCAAGCAGAGCAAACGCCCGAGAGCCUCACAAAAAACUGCCCGACCCGCCAAAAUCCCUAAAAGGAUCAAGGUGACUCCUCCUCCUCCAGCUCCUCUUGUUGCGAGCACAGUCGCGACCUCCACUCCCCAGGUCGACAUUCCUGCAGCAGAUGCUCCUUCUCUGCCUCCUGUUGUCUAGAUCCUUCCAACGAUUGCCCCAGCUCCGAAGAAACCCGGUCCCACUCGGGAGCGCCUGUUGUCGAUUUCUACUCAUUCUGAUGAGUAUGUUAUCGACAACGCAGUCGGGACUCAUGGAGCCACUCUCGGCUUGGACGUUCUAUCUCGAGUGGGCCAAGGCUUCAGCAGCCUUGGGGCUCGUCAAUGGCAGUUCUUGCUUAACGGUCGGGACUCCAAUGUCCUUUAUGACAAGAGUAUUGAGCUCAUCUCCUUGGCUCUCGCUGCAGUUGCUCAGCUAAAUUACAAGCUGAACAACGAGGUUCAUGCGAGCAUGUCCUAUACUCAGGAGUCGAAGGGUCUCCAGCUUAAGCUCGCUAAUGAGUUCAAAGCUGCAAAGUCAAAGCUGGAGGCUGAGCUUAAAGAGAAAAGCUCCAGGGUUGAGGAGCUUGAGAUGUUGAACACCGAGCUCAGAGAGAAGAGCGCCAGGGCUGAGGAGCUUGAAAAGUUGAAUGCCAAGCUCGUGGAGGAUAAAAAGGUCACCUUCGAGAUAAUGGAGGGCGAAAAGGCUCGUCUCCUCGAAGAGUUUAAGCAGAGGAAGGAUCGAGCAGUUGACAUGACCAUGUACAUGAUUUGGGCCAACAACGUCGAUCUUGACACAAGCUUCUUGGGCUCCUUUGAGGACGAGCUUCUGGCUAAAUGGCAAGCUUGGCCGGAGGCGGAAGAAGCUGCUCAGGAGGAAGCUGAAAAGGCUAAGGAGGGGUCAAGUGCUGCCAAGGGGGAUGCUCCUGCCUCCUAGAGCUCGAUCAUGGGCUGCGUCCCAUUUAAAAAAAAUUGUAAUAGUUUAUGGCUUUUCUUUUUUAU